AUGACUUCAGAGAAAAACAACGGGCCCCUCUCCGACACCGAGGGCGGAGAGAAGCCUGUUCGAGAGCAGCUCAAGAAGGCGCACAUCACCUCAGAGGCUGCAAAGGCUGCAGUAAACACGGCACACGAAGCUGAGGAUGGAGGAAAUACGAUCUCAGGUGAAGAGAGGGGCAGAUUGCACCGGAAGAGGAGCCACGAGGAGGUGGAGGGUGACUCGCAAGAUGCGACCUCAGUACCGCCCAAGCAACACACCCGCAAGCGAUCACGCGAUAGCACCGCCGAAGAGGACGAGAUCAAUAACGGCCAGCGAAAGGUCUCAGGCGAGAGGGCCAGGAAUGGAGACGAAUUAGUGCCUGCUCAAGCACCUGAGCCCAACGGCGCAGACAGAGAAGCUCGAGCCACUACGCCGGAAGGUAAUGGUGAGAAACGUCCCGAGGAAGCAGUUGAGUCGAUGACAAGUCCGAAGACUAAGAGAAGCCGACUACACUCGACCAUCGCCGACGAUAAGGAUUUGGUGGAAGCCGACAAAGCAGCAGACGCUGUCGAAUCUCAUAAGGAGGAUGAGUCCAAGGAGGACGAGUCUUCAAAGCAGCCGAGCACUAAAAAGCCUGCCACGAGUGGUUUCGCAAACACAUCUUCAACUCCUCAUUUUGGUGCUUUAACUGGCAGCAAAUCAACUUCAGAGCAACAGCAGACUUCAGCAAGUGCUUUUGCUGCCUCAGGCUUCAGUGCUCUCGCUGGCUCUUCCGGUUCCGGUUUCGGGGCUGUUGGUAAACAGUCCGGUGGCUUUGGUUCGGGCGGAUCAUUCGCAACAGGAGCUAAGAGUCCAUUGAACACGAAAGAAGAUGAUAAGCCAUCGGCACCUUCUGGCAGCUCAUUUGGCGGUGCGCUGGGUCAGCAGUCAGCAUUCUCAGCAUCUGCGGCCAGCGGGGGCGGAUUCGGGUCCGGUGCUUCCGGCUUUGGCAAGCUGGGAUCACAGAGCACUGGAGGUUUCGGCAGUGGACUGGGUGGAACUGGUUUCAGCAGACUCGGCGGCGGCGGCGGCCUUUCCAGCUUUGCAAGCGGUAAGACCGCUUCUCCACUUGGAGGCAUCUCCAAAUCGACGAAGCCUUUUGGGGCACCCGCAGAAGAGGAAGGGAAGGGCGAGGACGACGAUAGUGAUGAUAAGACAGGUGCAAAGAGCCCUCUUGCCACAGAAGAAGAUGAGCAAGACGAACGCUUCUAUGAACAAGAACUUGAGACCGGCGAGGAGGAUGAAUCGACAGAGUUCUCAAGCCGCGCCAAGCUUUACACCUUCGCGGCGGACCAGAGAGAGUGGCGAGAGCGCGGCUUUGGUGUGGUAAGAUUGAACGUGCGGCGGCUCCAGCCAGACGAGGAUCAGAAGCCCAAGGCUCGGUUACUCAUGCGUGCCGAAGGCUCUCACCGAGUCGUUCUGAACACCCCUGUCACGAAGGAGAUCAAGUACGGUACCCACGAAGGCAAGAAACCAACGGGUGGCUACUUCUACUUCAUGGGUACCAUCGACGGCAAGCCUGGACUGGAGGUCUUGCAAUUGAAGAUGAGGCAAGAAAACACCUUGGAAUUGUACGAGCACAUCUGCAAACUGCUGGACGAUAUGUGA